AAGACUUAAUUGAUAGUGGAUAGUAUUGGGACCAGCCAAUUGAUUCGACACUGAUGAACAAAAGGUCAAUCGGUUUGAGGUCACACGCCGGUCACGGUCGCAGGCAGCAUCCAACAUCACGACGAUCACGACACUUCGGACCUUCGGACACUUGGUGGCCUGACGUGAAAAAUGGCGCACAUGAUAAGGUCCAGGCUCGUGCUCCUGUCACUAAAGUACACUAAUCACGUCGCGCCGCGUAUCCCCGUGCCCUUAAAGUGUCAACGAUUAUGCUUUCGCACCAGCAGUAUCCUCGACGUGACGGGAAAGGAAUUGUUGAUGCCGUCUUUAUCGCCCACCAUGGAAAGCGGCACCAUAGUGAAGUGGUUCAAGAAGGAAGGCGACACGAUCUCUCCCGGUGACGCUAUUGCGGAUAUUCAGACUGACAAAGCCGUUGUCACGAUGGAAUUUGACGACGAAGGUGUGAUGGCAAAGAUAAUUGUACCUGAAGGAACAAAAGAUAUUAAAGUAGGAACUCUGAUAGCUCUCACUGUUGAGGCUGAUGAAGACUGGAAAACAGUAGAAAUGCCAGACAGUUCUUCGGCACAAGCUUCUUCAGCAGCACCGUCCUCCGCUGAGCCAAGCCCUCCUGUCACGUCAGCGGAACCACCACCCGGCCAGCAAAACAUUGCUAUGCCUGCCCUAUCGCCAACCAUGACAACAGGUACGAUCAUGAAGUGGCUGAAGAAAGAAGGUGAUGAAAUAGAGCCGGGUGACUCGUUGGCCGACAUACAGACGGAUAAAGCCGUCAUGAGCUUCGAAAUGGAUGAGGAAGGCGUACUCGCAAAAAUUCUUGUUCCAGAAGGUUCUCAAGUAGAAGUGGGACAGUUGAUAGCUGUUAUAGUUGAGAAAGGAAUGGAUUGGAAACAGGCUGUUGCCCCGACGUCAGCUAAACCAGCACCAUCUGCAGCACCGAGUUCUGCUCAACCGGCUGCACCAGCUGAUGCCAAACCGCCAUCAAGUGGGCAAGUGUAUGGUUUGGCAGUGAAAAGAUUGCUGGAGGAAUAUAAUCUGAGCUCUGGGUCAAUCAAGGGCACUGGACGGCCAAACCGUUUAUUGAAAAGCGACGUUCUGGCGUAUAUUCAGGCGCACAACGUUCAAAAAGUUACGCCUAAAUCCGCACCGGCUCCAGGGACUGUUAAGGCACGUUCUCCCAGUCCAGAAGAAACAUCUGUCCCAGUUGGCCGACCGUCUCCAUACGAAGACAUCGAAGUAUCCAACAUUCGUGCCGUUAUCGCCAAACGACUCGGAGAGUCAAAGAGAACUAUACCACAUUCUUACGCAGUUGUGGAUAUAAAUAUCGGCAAGUUAGUGGAGCUCCGCGGAAAGCUAAAAACGGAGGCUAUAAGUGUAUCAAUUAACGACUUUGUCGUCAAGGCCGUCGCUCACGCGCUCGUCGAGUGUCCUGAUAUAAACACGUUGUAUCAAAAUGGACAGAUCGUUCGAGUUCCAAAGGUGGAUGUGUCUGUGGCAGUCGCGACAAAAACAGGUCUGAUUACUCCAAUAGUAUUCGACACUGCUACUAAGAGCCUAUCAGAUAUUUCUAAAAAUAUUCGAGAAUUGGCUGAAAAGGCGAAAAAUGGGAAGCUUAAACCACACGAGUUUCAAGGCGGAACGUUCACAAUUUCGAAUUUGGGAAUGUUUGGUAUCAAGAAGUUUUCUGCCAUUAUAAAUCCUCCACAAACUGCCGUACUAGCUGUAGGUUCGGGACGAGAAGAGCUGGAUUCCUCGUUAAUGAAAGUAACCAAAAUGACGACAACGCUAUCGUACGACAGACGAGCGAUCGACGAGGAUCAAGCAGCCGAAUUCUUGGCUAUUCUAAGAGCAAUGCUGGAGGAUCCAGCUUUUCUCGCAGCUGGCAGAAUGCAGGCACUGAGGUACAAACGCGAUGCGUAUUAAUCGCCCGUAAUAGAAUAUUCAUCUCGUUCAAAGCGUUUAUUGCAAAAACAGCUCGUUUUCUUGCGUCAAGAGAGUUAAAUAUCAUUGUUUUUGUAACUAUAUUACUAUGCUUUUUAAAAAAUAGAAUUUAAGUAGAAAAAUGCUCAAUAUUAACCAAUAUAAUUGUAUAUAAUGCAAUAUAAAUGCAUGAUUGUUGUUUGGCUGUUUUUGUAAUAAACGGAAGAAUUGAUUAAUAUUAGUCCUAUUUUUCGUGCCAUAUGUAAGCAAAUAUAGAAAGUACGACUUAUAUAUUUAUAUGAAAACGUUUUACAAAUAACGCCGUUCGUUAUUAAAAACUUUGACCAAAGGAAAUAGUUUAUAUGUUCAUACUGCCAAAAUGAUAUUUAAAACAAGCAAUAUUAUGGACAUAUUCUCACUUUCGUAAAUUAAUUAAUGAUAACAUUGAGUGAAACCAAAUGUUAAACGUUAAUUUAUGAUUCUCAAUAGAUUCUUUAAUUUCAAUAUAAUUUUUAAAUUAUUAAAAAAAAAUUUUAAUUAGGGGUUAAUAUCCACAAAAAGAUUGACAGAGAGUAAGUGUCCAUUAUUGUAUUUAAUUUUGUAAAUAAUUAGAACGUUCAUAUUUAGUCUACUUUUGUAAAUAUCUGCAAAUUAUUGGCCCUGCGAUAUAGGAACCAUAUACACGAUGUAUACAUGAUCUUCUGAGUCAAAGUUACGACGUAUAUGUCUUCAUUGUAUCAUAUUACUAUAAAUAUUUAAAGAUAGUAAUUUUUGCAUAUUUAGAAACUCGUGCAAUAAAACACACGGUUUACUUCCGAUUAAUUUAUUAAUUGGAAAUGUAUAAAUAAAUGACUCACUUGUAUAUAAUCUUAUAAUUUAAAUAGGAUUAUUGGGAUAUAGUUUUAAUGAAGAAUUUAUCUUCUGAAUAAAAUAUUUAUUGUCUAAAAUA